UGGGCAGUCUUGCAGACGAGGGGUGCGGCUGGGAGGUCCGUUGUCCUCUUCUGCGGCAUCGGGACAGGCGGGAAAGGGCCACCAGGGCGGGGAUCGUCCGACUCUCGACUCUCGGGGCGCGCGGGCUGGCCAGAGUGGCUGGACCGGUCGCUCCGCUCCGUUGCGCCGCUUUCCUCUCCGGGUUUUGCAGGCACCCGCCCGCCUCUUGGGGACCGCGGCGGAGCCCAGCCCGGAGCUGACGCCCUGCAAGCCACCGCCCCGCGGAAAACGCGGACUGGAUUUCAGAGCGGAGCCAGAGGGCCCCUCGGAGGCGGCGGCGGCCGGGGCCGGUGGGGAGCCGCUGCCGGGAGGGGCGCGCAGUGCGGAGAGCUGGCGAGCGCCCCGAGGAGGCGGUGGCGGCGGUGCCUUCGGGGCGGCUCGGGGCGGCGGCGGGUGCAGUGCGGUGCGCGGCCGGCGGGGGCAGCAGCGGACGGGCGGGCUCACCCCCCCCCACCGCGCUCGCUGCUCUCUCUCUCUCUCUCUCUCUCUCUCUCUCUCUCUCUCUCUCUCUCUCACACACACACACACACACACACACAUACACACACGACCCGUACACACUCACACACGCUCCGGCGCGCACACGCAGCGCAGGCAGGGAGGCGGCUCGGCGGCGGCGGCGGCGUGCUCGCGGGCGGGCGGCAGGGCUGGCGGGCGGCCCCCGCUCCCCGGCUGGGCGGCUCGGCGCAGCCCCCGCCCUCGGACCCGCCCCCGGGGGGCGCCCGGCCCCAUGCCCUGCGGCGGCGGCGGGCGGCUCUAAGGAGCCCGCGGGGAGCCGGCGACGCGGGGACCAUGUACCGGGACCCAGAGGCGGCCAGCCCAGGGGCGCCCACCCGCGAUGCCCUGCUGGUCUCUGCCAUCAUCACCAUCAGCCUUAGCGUCACCGUUGUCCUCUGCGGCCUCUGCCACUGGUGUCAGCGCAAACUGGGCAAACGCUACAAGAACUCCUUGGAGACGGUGGGCACACCAGACUCGGGGCGCACACGCAGUGAGAAGAAGGCCAUCAAUGAUCUAGACAGAGACUUUUGGAAUAACAAUGAGAGCACAGUGCAGCAGAAAUGGAGCUCCUACCCUCCCAAGGAGUUUAUUCUAAACAUUUCACCCUACGCCCCUUAUGGCGACCCACGACUGUCCCUCAAUGGCUCCCUCCUGGCCAGCGCUAAAGUGGCCGCCGCGGCAGGGCUGGCGGUGGAGCGGGAAGGCCGGUUGGGGGAGAAGCCAGCGGUGCCGCCCGGAGAGGACGCCUCAAGAAGCGGCGGCGGGGCUGCCCCCAGCGCGCCGGGCAGCAGCGGCAAGGCGGGGAGAGGCCGCUGGCGGACGGUGCAGAGCCACCUGGCCGCAGGGAAGCUCAACUUGUCCAAUUUCGAGGACUCCACCCUGUCCACGGCCACUACCCUUGAGUCUAUUCCCAGCUCCACGGGAGAGCCGAAAUGCCAACGACCCCGAACCCUGAUGCGGCAGCAGAGUCUGCAGCAGCCGCUGAGCCAGCACCAGCGGGGCCGGCCGCCCAGCCAGCCCACCACCAGCCAGAGUCUGGGGCAGCUGCAGGCCCAUGCGGCCUCGGCGCCCGGCCCCAACCCCCGGGCCUACAGCCGUGGCCAGGCUCGGCAGGGCGCCACAGCAGGCUCCAAGUACCGGGCUGCCGGCAGCCGCAGCUCCAGCUCCAACCCGGGCAGCUGGGACCACAUGGUGGGGCAGAUUCGAAACCGAGGCUUGGACAUGAAAUCCUUCCUGGAAGGCCGGAUGGUGGUGCUAUCCUUGGUCUUAGGGCUUUCGGAGCAGGAUGACUUUGCCAGUAUCCCUGACCUGCAAAACCCAGGAACCCAGCAGAACCAGAACGCUCAGGGGGACAAGAGGUUGCCUCCAGGUGGGAAGGCAGUAAACACAGCCCCGGUGCCAGGACAGACGCCCCACGAUGAGUCUGACCGCAGGACCGAGCCCCGCUCCUCUGUGUCGGACCUCGUCAACUCCCUCACCAGCGAGAUGCUCAUGCUCUCCCCAGGCUCCGAGGAGGACGAGGCCCACGAGGGCUGCAGCCGAGAGAACCUGGGCCGGAUCCAGUUCAGCGUCGGCUACAACUUCCAGGAGUCCACGCUGACGGUGAAGAUCAUGAAGGCACAGGAGCUGCCGGCCAAGGACUUCAGCGGCACCAGCGACCCCUUCGUCAAGAUCUACCUGCUGCCUGACAAGAAGCACAAGCUGGAGACCAAGGUGAAGCGCAAGAACUUGAACCCCCACUGGAAUGAGACCUUCCUCUUUGAAGGUUUCCCCUACGAGAAGGUGGUGCAGAGGGUCCUCUACCUCCAGGUCCUGGACUACGACCGCUUCAGUCGCAAUGACCCCAUUGGGGAGGUGUCCAUCCCCCUCAACAAGGUGGACCUGACCCAGAUGCAGACCUUCUGGAAGGAUUUGAAGCCAUGCAGCGAUGGGAGUGGUAGCCGAGGGGAGCUGCUCUUGUCUCUUUGCUACAACCCCUCUGCCAACUCCAUCAUCGUCAACAUCAUCAAAGCCCGGAACCUCAAAGCCAUGGACAUCGGGGGCACAUCAGACCCCUACGUGAAGGUGUGGCUGAUGUAUAAGGACAAGCGGGUGGAGAAGAAGAAGACGGUGACGAUGAAGAGGAAUCUGAACCCCAUCUUCAACGAGUCCUUUGCCUUCGACAUCCCCACGGAGAAGCUGCGGGAGACCACCAUCAUCAUCACCGUCAUGGACAAGGACAAGCUCAGCCGCAAUGACGUCAUCGGCAAGAUCUACCUGUCCUGGAAGAGUGGGCCUGGGGAGGUGAAACACUGGAAGGACAUGAUCGCCCGCCCACGCCAGCCCGUGGCCCAGUGGCACCAGCUGAAAGCCUGAGAGGGGCCACAACUGUCCUGGGGAGCCGAGGGCCUGGGCCCCCAUCAUGUCCUCACCACUUUAUGCACAAGGCCCGGCCUGGCCCCCUCUGCCGCCUAGGGUGAGGGGAGGACCUUGAGGGCUUGGCCAGGGAGUGGUCCCAGGAACUCAUGGGGGCCCUCCUGUUUCUAGGAAGUACCAGUCCCACCCCUGCUGGUCCAGCUCUGGGGGAGGGGCUCGGGGAGCCAUUUUCCUGCUUUGCCCUUUCCCUCCUUGACUUGCUGAUGCUACAGAAGUGGGGGAGGUAUACAUAUGGCCCCUGCUGAUCCCUCCAGAGGCCCGCCAGGUGGGCACCAGCCCCCGUUUUCUUUAAGGCAGUGCCUGGAGUGGAGAGAGGCCGCCCCUACCCCCAGCUGCCCACAUGCCCCCCACCCUGGGAGGUGGGGGGACCAGGAGAGAGGGGAAGCCGAGGCGUUUGGCCCGGCCUGGCCAGGACAGGCUUGUCCCCCCUGGGUGACUUAGGGUGCCAGUGGGGUCCUGAAGGCCAAGGGUAGCAGGGAGCCUAUUUCAGGCUCUUGGAGCCGCAACUUGUGUACUCGUGUUGUGUCCACCGUAUGUGCGUGUGUGCGUGCGUGCAUGUGUGUGUGUGUGUCUGUCUGUCUGUCUCUGAGGGGGGCGCUCACUCCCCGUGCCCCUGGGGUUGGCAGGGCAGAGGACUAUGCAGACAGGGCAGUGUGUCGGGACGUGAGGCCAGGAGUCAGGCACGGCAGGUGAGGGGGUUGGGGGGAGACAGAUGCCAGAAGAGCCAAGAUUUGGGUGGCUUCCAGCUCCUGACACCCCCAGCCACCACCCCCUCUGCUGGGAGCCCCUCCUUGGCCCCACACACCCUCGUGCAACCAUCUUGUUUCUCCACCAUGGUUCCACUUCCCUCCGUGUCCCCAGGACUCCCGUGCUCCCUCUCUUCUCAGGGGCCCCAAACCCCUGUGCUCCCCACCCCCAUUACCACAGCUCAGGCAUGCUGGCAGUCUGCUCCAUUCUGCCCAGCUUCCUGCCCCUCCCUCGCUAUGCUCGGAGACCCUCCCUGCCACCCCCUUCCCUGACCUGUCUGGAUCAGGCAAAGGAAACAGGGAACCUUCUAGAGUGGAGUUCUGAGGUUACCUCUCCCUGCCCCCCAAGGCCAGGCUGGUCUCUCCUCCCCAGCUGCUGCAGAAGCUAAAACUGGCCUCCCGCUGGAGGCGGCGGAUUUCAGGCUGAUCCCUACUUAAGCCUGCUCACCUCCUCAGCAGUCCUCUGUUGAUAAGAAACUGCUAGUUGAUGACAGGUUCAAAUCCCCGGUGGCCUGAGCCUGGCCGGCAGGCCCGCACCCACCACUAGGUGGCGCCAGGACAUCACGGUCUGGGCCACAGUUCUGACUCCGCCCUCUCCCCCUGGGGCCUGACACCCCAGGAAAGGAGACUAUGGAAAAGGGUGCCACCUGAGAGGGCAUUACAGCAUCAUAGGUGUGGGGUAAGGGUGGGGAACAUUUCCCUCUAGUCGGUUCCCCCGAGCUGAGCCUGUUGCACUGCGCACAGUGGACGGGGCAGGCUGAUCCCCCUACACCCACCCCCGUGGACAUAUUUUUCUUAAAUGGCAUCUCCCACCCCUGCCCUCGCCCCCUACCUCACCCCACCCUACCUGCACCCCUCUCCCGGGGGCCCCGGAGGAAUGUCUUACUAACUAGGUGAAUCAUUUUGUAGAGUGCUCAUGUAAAGCAGUCACCCACAUUCCUUUGUAAAUCCACAGUUUUUCUGUUAUUGUAGCUUUGCUUAAAAGUGGGGGCAAGGAAGGGGGGGUCCUGUGGUCGGUCUGCACCUUCUUUUCUUUUUCGGGAGCGGCCAGGGACCAGCGCCCAGCAGGGACGUGAGGCGGCGGCCCCCGGGUUGUGUGAGACAGAGGGGGUGCGAGGGGGACAGGACUCGCCUGGGUUUCCUGUGUUCCCCCCAGCCCCAGGUCGUGAGUGCGCCCCAGGCUGAUGGAACCCACCAGAGCUGGGUGGGCGGGGAGAUUGCUUUUAGCUCCGCCCACAUCUCUAUUAGCCAAUCAUAUGCGGAGGGCGUCUACGGGGCUGGGUUGAUUCCCUAUCUGACUCUACCCAAGUACCUGGAGCAACCCUGCCUCGCAGUUCUGCAGAUCCUACUAUGUAUGGGUGGAGAGGCAAGGGAAGGUGGGGAUGAGAUAGGGUGAGGGCAGCGGGGCCAUCUAAGAAAUGGGGGAGGUUGGGGGGUGGAAGAAUGCGGGGUGGGGACCCCCCGAGCACCGGCGUCCAGCCACCAGCCCAGGACCUUGGGCCAAUCACCCACACUCCCGGGGCCUCAGUUUCCCCAUUUGUAAAAUGAUGGUAAUAAUACUUUCACCUACCUCAUGGGGGAGGUUGUGAGGCCGCGGUCACCUGACCUGGGAGUGGAAGUCAGUGGACUCUGAAGGUGUUGCCCACCCUUGGAGCAGCAAAGUAUUAUUACAUCGGGCUCCCCCGUUGGCCCCCAAAUUCCCCCCCACCACCACCACUCCCAGCACCUCCCGCAUGAGCAGAGGCUGGCCUGGGUCCACCUGUCUCUUAACACCAUACCCCAGGUCCCCUCCUGAGUGUCACCUGCCGUAUUUGUGGGCGCCCUAGACUCAGCCCACCUCUUAUUUGGGAACCCUCUUCCCAAGUUUCUGCUGUAUCAAUGCCAUCUUCCCCAGGGCUUCCCAUCCUGCCCACCAGUGCCAGAGGCCAGGAAAGGGACACAGAAAACAGAUACACACACACACAAUAAUAACAUUACAAAGCUAAGGUGGGAAGAUCCAGAGCCCCCAACCCAGCUGGGCCUCCCAGGGGUGGGCAUUGGUUACUGCUGUUUGUAUCGUGUUUGAGUCCUUGAACACAAGUGUUUUAUAAAAAAUAAAAAACCACUUUCAUGAAGGAAAAGAAAAACAGCAAAGAGAAAUGAAGGGGAUGAAAAAAAAAAAAAGGAAAAAGAACCAUACAAAAAAAAAAUCUACCACAUGCACCCUCUAAGCCAGCAAGAUCUCUUUCCUCUUUGCAGAAUCAUAUUUUUGUGGGGAAGGGCCCUGCUUUUUGUGGCGAGGCCUGUUCUGACUAAUAAAGGAUCGUGAAAAAGCAGGGCCUUGGCUGUUUCCUGCGUUGAGUCCCUGCCAUUCCUCACCUAGGGGAGAGGCAGUGGGGUGAUGGGGCUGGGCAGACUGAGACUGAGUCUCCCUGGCCCUACGUGUCACCUUUCAGAGCUGGCUUGGCCGAAGGCCUCACCUCUAGAAAACAAAGCCACCCACGGUCCAGGGUGCCCCAGCCACUCAGUCUGGAUCAAGCCCAAAGCAAAGUCUGUCGGGAGUAGAAUCAAUGGAGACCUGAGAGGUACUUCCUGUAGCUCAUCCAGCCUGAGAACCCCUCUCUCAGUUCCCAGGGGGACCCUCACCACCCCCCUAAAGCAGGUUAGAUGAGCCAAAGAUGGACACUCCAGCCCUUGCCCAUACCCCAACUCUGGCUGGGCCACUGUGACUUCCGGCCAGCUGCGUCCUCCUUCCGCUCCUAGGCAGGAAAUGUCAAGAGUCUGCUGGCUGGACUUGUAGGUUCACCCCUUUGAACUGCAAACAGCCCUUCAGCUCUGAGGGGCCCAGGGCCAGUCCCAGCUGCUGCCACCACUCCCCCUCCACACUCCUUCCUCCACCAUGUGACUGUAGCCAGCCAUUCCUUCUUCAGGUCUGCUUCCUCGGUCCACAACAAAGCAAUAACCAUCCCAGCCCCUUCCCAGCCUGCCCUCCACAUGUGCAGGGGAAACCGAGGCCCACAGCUCUCUCAGGGUCCUUCAGAAGGAAGGUGCUACAUCUGUCGCAGGCACAAAUGAGACUAGCGCACCUUUGUCAUCAUCCCGCCCUGGCCUGAAGGGGACCAUCACCCUCCCCCCACUCCCUCCCUGCCCCCCAGCAUCUGAGGCAGCAGCUGCUUCAUGGUUUCAUCCACCUAUGUGCCCCACUGGUUUCUUACAACCUGGUUUAAACGCCCCAAAAAUGGGGUUGUCAUAUCCUUCUGUUUCUGGUCCCUGUCCCCGAGGUUAGAGGGAAGCCCAGGGUCAGGUAAGUAGUCUCUAGAGCUCCCCUUUCGCCAGAAUGUCCUCUGCUCAGGAUUUCUAUGGAAACAAGCCUGAACACGGGGACACUGCUGUGUUAUCUGACAACUCCCUCCCGGGUGCCCUGCUUCCUGGAGGGCCACCCCAAACACCCACCUGCUCUCCUUUCUCCCCCAAAAGACACCCAGAAAGACAACGCUUGAACACGCCAUGCAUUCCAGCCUGUGGUCCCCUCACCCGCUGCCUGUGUCCCCGAGACGCCCUACCCCUUGUGUCUGUGGCCUGUGUGUCUGUGUCGUGUCUGUCUAGAUUGUGAGCCCCCCUUCCUGGGCAGGGACCCCUGUCUGAACACGUGUUCUGUGUGGCACAGCUCAUGUGCUAAUAAAUGUUCAUCCUUGGAA